UCAUGUUGUAAAACACUUUGUCUGCCUGCUUAAAAUGAGGACGCCUGGGUCACUUAACCCCGCUAAAACAGUAAAACAGAUUCACAAAGCAGCUCCACGCCCACCAAACAAAAGCGAAGGGCGACUCACGCGCUGGACUAAUUCUGGGAUUUGUCCUCGAGAAGUUACAAGAGAAAGAACAUGCGGGAAAAGGGGGAUUCUGGCUUUGUUAUGGACGCUAUCGAGCUGGAGUCGUUUGUGAACAGCCCUCCUGCUGGAUUCAGUGUCGAGAGUCGCGCGGGCUGCAGAGUCGUGAAAUGGGCUCAGGAGAACAGCUGCGUGUUCAUCGAUGAGAUCCAGUCUAGCAAGGGGAAAGUGAUUUUCUUUAAUUCCCCGGGAAGGAAAGUCAUAGUACGUACUUUGAGGGAGUACACAGAUUUGAGACGACAGCUAACGUCCAAAACAAUAUACAUCUUGGUGUCUGCAUGCACCAAAACAAAGGUCGAAGAAAAGAGAAAGAGAGAUGUUCCAGUUGUUGGGUGUUAUGUGGUGGCGAUCAACGGCAGUCAUCCAAUGAUCAGAUGGGAGAUGGAGAGAGGCUUAGACAUGACUAUUUCAUCUGUUGCUGGAGAAAGUUAUACAGUUGAUGUUGAUGUUAGUGCUGCACUACAGGGAUGGGUCGGUGAGAGCCUUCAAAUCCUUUUUGAUGCAGAAAAGGUAAAACCUAUCUGGAAAGACACACAUUUCACCAUCAAGUACCGUUCUGACGCCCUUUUUGACUUUCCCUACUGGUUUGGUUUCAGCAAACAACAGUUCAAGGUCUCUUACCAUGGAAGAUGAGAUCAACACCCACAAGGUUGUGUGAAACAGCAAAUAUCUACUGAAAACAGGCUUCGGUCUGUGGAAAUUGAAGCCCUGCACAGAUGAGGAGACCAUUAAUGCACCUUAAAGGACCGUUUUACUGUAAAUUGAACUUUAUUUUGCUCAUGCCAGCAGUCAUACAAAAAAAACCCCACAAAGAAAUGGAGAUCACUGGAACAUAAUCUUAAUUAUAAAUCUGCUGGAGCAGAAAGGUCAAUUUCAUAAAUCCUCACAUUGUAAACUGGCAAACUCAAGAUAGUUCAAAUACUUCUUUAAAAGGGUCACUCUAUGCAAAAGUGCCUCAAUGUGUUACCUUCAUUGCUUUAAAUGGGUCAUAUCACAAGGAAUCAAAAGAUGAUCUUUUUGGAUUGCUGAAAUCAGGCCAAUAUAUUAGAUAAUUAUAUUA